GACAAACAGACAGACAGAAACACUCACACAGACAGAGAAGACAAAAAAAGGGGUAAGCACAGAUAGGGGAAAAAGCGAGAGAGGGACGGAGAGAGAUACACAGACAGCAACACAGGAGUCAUCUGUUCGAAAACUGAUGGCUGAAACAUAUCCCAUCCAGCGUGAAACCAUCAACGAUGGAACCAAUGUAAAGGUCCUAAAGGAAGAGUGGCCAUUUCUAUUUGAAGCUGCUCACCUGUUUGAUCAUGCAUCUAGACUCCUUGGCUUUUCGGUACAAAACAAGCUGGCACAGGAGCUUUCCAAAAAAGAACCGGGCAUCAACAACUUCCUUGACACCAAAGGGAUGAAGAUGGGUGAAGGUCCAGUACAGCUGAUCUGUGGCAUUGUGAGAUACUUCAAGGAAAACCCUGAUCACCUUUUCUGCAAAAAUGAGGACUCCGCGGAUGCUGAACUCAGCCUCCCCUGUACCCCAUGCAUCCUAAUCAGAGGUGACCAUCUAUUCAAGAUUGCUGUUGAUCAGGAAGUUGUGAAUGACCACAUCACCUCCCCCAUUGUGGCCCUGAGCUAUGCUUUCUGCUUGUUUUAUGUCUGCAACAUUGAAUAUCCAAAGGAGAUGUCUCUUACCCUGGAAUUCAUGCAAAGAGUUUUCUUUGGAGUGAAUCCUGACCGAGGGUCCAAGGCUGAGAUGAAGGGGAAGAAACAGCACCACAUUCCUCCAAAACUGUCGAAGCUCGUGACUGAGCUGAAGGAAUUUGACUGGCACAUGUGAGCUUUCCCCAAAGCUCAAAACAGAACUUUUUGGACUGGACUUUUGGACUGAACAUACCAACACACACUUUAAAAAAAAAAAAGUUUACUUUUUUUUUAUUUGUCACUGCAUGUUCUAUGCACUUUAUGGCACUCAGGUAGCGAGGGGUAACAUUAUUGCCCACCACCACAGAUUUUUGGGUUCAAAUCCCCCAUGUUCGGGGGGAGGGAAGUUGGGAGGGUGAUAUUUGUCAUUGCAUGUUCUCCUACAGGUUGGGGCAACGCCUAUCAGCGGGGAAUGUUGAGUGGGAGGUGUAGGACGGAGUUGCUACAUCCUCCUGGAUGGGGCUCCUCCUUCCUCACUGACAGGUGAGCCAGUAGGGUGCAACAGCAGUGGCAAACAGUGGGAGGAAUUUAUAACUACUAAUUUGAUCUUGAGGCGCACAUGUACACACAGCCCGACCUCUAACAUCAUGGUGUUAAGAAAAAGGUUAUUGUUGCUGUUAUUUUACAUACUUGAAUGUAUGGUCAUGUUAGGGUUUUACAAUUUAAUGGAAAUGA